CUGGAGAGUCUGCCCGGCCGUGGGGUUUUGGGGCUCACCCGCAAGUACCGACUGAGGUGGCGCUUUGCCUGUCGGGAUUGCUAUGGCGAACCGAACUGUGAAAGAUGCUCAUAGCAUCCAUGGAACCAACCCACAGUAUUUGAUCGAGAAAAUUAUCCGGACCCGCAUCUAUGAAUCUAAGUACUGGAAGGAGGAAUGUUUCGGGCUGACAGCGGAAUUGGUUGUGGAUAAAGCUAUGGAACUGAAAUAUAUUGGUGGCGUCUAUGGUGGGAAUAUUAAACCAUCACCAUUCCUUUGUCUGACCCUUAAAAUGCUUCAAAUUCAGCCUGAAAAGGAUAUUAUUGUUGAAUUUAUAAAGAAUGAAGAUUUUAAGUAUGUUAGACUGUUGGGUGCAUUGUACAUGCGACUGACAGGUUCUGCCAUUGAUUGUUAUAAAUAUCUGGAACCACUCUAUAAUGAUUAUCGCAAAGUGAAGAGGCAGAAGAGAGAUGGAGAUUUUGAACUUAUUCAUGUGGAUGAAUUUAUGGAUGAGCUACUCCAUGAAGAGCGAGUUUGUGAUAUUAUCUUGCCCAGACUUCAGAAACGCUAUGUGUUGGAAGAAGCAGAAAUGCUGGAUGCUCGAGUCAGUGCAUUGGAGGAAGAUAUGGACGAUGUAGACACAAGUGAAGAUGAAGAUGAGGAUGAUGAUAAGGGUGACAGAGUUCCAUCACCAGAGCCUCCACGACGCGGCUACCGUGAUCUUGAUCGGCCUCGAAGAUCACCAUCUCCACGAUAUCGAAGAAGUCGAAGCAAAACACCAAGACGACGAAGCAGAUCCCCUAAGCGAAGAAGCCCAUCGCCACGUCGUGAAAGACAUCGCAGCAAAAGUCCUAGACGUCAUCGUAGUCGGUCUAGAGAUCGACGUCACAGAUCACGAUCCAAAUCGCCUGGUCAUCACAGAAGCCACAGACACAGAAGUCAUUCUAAAUCACCUGAAAGAUCAAAGAAGAGUCACAAGAAGAGUCGAAGAGGAAAUGAGUGAAGUUCUAUCUAACCACAAUUACACAUUUCCAUUGCAUCUCAACACCUGUUUGUAGAUAUAAUUCAAAUAUCUUUGUUUCAUGUUGACAAGUUUUUGUACUUUUUUGUUAUGAUUUUGAGAUGCUAUUUGCAACAAUUCCAUUUGACAUAUGAAUUGCAUCAUAAAGCAGUUCUACAGCUUUUGGGUUUGGGCAGAAGAUUAAUAUUUCUGCUAUUGUCUUGUGAAUAGGAAGAAAAUGUUAUUGAGUGAUUUCUAAAGUAACUUUACAGUUUUUAUUAGUGAUUUUAGGUGAUGUUUUGGUUAUGAAAUCUUAAGCAAGUUCAUUGUUUCUUUAGUAUAUUUAGUAUACCUGAUUAUUAAAAGUAAUGGUUAUACAAAGGCUCACUUGAGACACGGUAUAUUCUAUUCUCAUGUCUACAAAUGUUAAAUGUCAAAGUUCAGACAGUUUUGAAAACAAAGAACAAACACUGUGCAAAAUAUUGAUGCCAUUAAUGUACUGUGUACUAAAGCACAUUAACAAUUGUGAGGACUAGUUGACCAGUCACAAUACAGUUGUUUCUCAUUGGAAAAAUGCAGAUUGAGAAAACAAAGAAAACCUCUUAUUUCUCUCUUGGGAUAUCAGAAGAAAAUUUGUGAUUUAGUUAACUGACAAAUCAAAACUUUUUGUCGAUGUAUGAAUAUCAAACCUGUCCUAAUGGCCACCUUUAUAUAUUGAACAAUGAGUAAAGUCAGCAAAUAAGUGAUCAUUUAAAA